CAAUGUCUGGCAGCCAACUGGCAGCCAAUACGUCAAUAGUUGUUUGCUUUUUAUGGUGUACCAAUUUUUAAAUUGUGCUUUUUAUAAAAUUAAUUAAUAUAUAAAAUUAAUAAAGGGCUAAUUAUAUAAAUAUUUCGUGUCCUUCUAUGCCACAAUAUUCACUAUAAAAAAUGUCGAUUACAACAUUGGUAAACUUUGUUUUAUACCUUGCCGGCAAGUUUUUAAACUAUAAAGUUUUAAUUUUUUUGUUUUAUAUGUUUCAGUAUUAUUUGCAACUAAAAAAAGAAAACGCUCAUGAAGAUUCAAUUUGGUGUUGCGGUUGGAGUAAAAUUGGAAAUGAAAAGCAGAAAGAUGAAGAAAACAUUGAAAUGUCACAGGACUACGAUAAUCCACAAGAAUCUUCAGAAAACUACAUAAUUACUGGUGGUUUAGAUGAUUUGAUAAAAGUUUGGCAACUUGAAAAUGGAAAACUAGAAGUAAAACAUCAAUUAGAAGGGCAUUCUUUGGGAGUUAUAUCAGUGGCAGUGAGUCCAGAUGGAAAAACAUUGGCCAGUAGUUCUCAAGAUUCAUCUUUGAUAUUAUGGGAUAUUGCAUCAGGAGACAAGUUGAAAACAUUUGAAACAGGGGCCACUGAUGUAUGGACAUUGGACUUUUCACCAGAUGGCAAGCAUGUCAUCUCAGGGAGUAAUGCUGGAAAAAUUUUGAUAUUCAAUGUGGAGAGUGGUAAACAAGAACAAACUUUAGACACAAGAGGAAAGUUCACCCUGAGUGUAGCUUUUAGUCCAGAUGGGAAAUAUAUUGCUAGUGGAGCUUUAGAUGGAAUUAUAAAUAUUUUUGAUGUAGCACAAGGCAAACUUGUGCAUACCUUAGAAGGCCAUGCAAUGCCUAUACGCAGUUUAUGUUUCUCACCAGAUUCACAAUUGCUAUUAACAGCAUCUGAUGAUGGGCAUAUGAAACUCUAUGAUGUAGUUCACGCAAACCUAGCAGGCACAUUAUCAGGUCAUGCAUCAUGGGUGCUCUCCGUAGCCUUUUCUCCUGAUGGAAAAAGAUUUGUGUCGGGAAGUGCAGACCGCACUGUUCGUGUAUGGGACCUUGACAGCAUGCAAUGCCAAAAUGUAUUUAAAGAACAUUCAGAUCAGGUAUGGGGUGUGAAAUUCAAUGCAGAAAGUAAUAAAAUUGUAUCAGUAUCAGAAGAUAAAAGUGUUAAUAUUUAUGACUGUCCUUUAUAGUUUAGUAAAUCUUAUGGAUUGAA